AAGGGUGGGUGCGUGAAGUGGCGGGACGGGGUGGGGGAGGAACCGGGAAGGAAAACCGCCCAGGGGCGGGGGUUGCGGCGUGCCAACGGGAAUGGCUUUUGUAAACGUUAUCUCUUCACCCUUUCUUAAACCCACAAGUGAUUUUGGUUUUCAGUUUAAUUUGUGGUUUUUCUUUGAAGGGAAGGAUGAUCCCACUUGUGUGUACGCCUGAGAGUUAAUUUAAACUUUAAUAACUGGUAACGAAUGUUUGGAGGCUGUAUAAACCACGUUGUAAAUGCUUCCAGUGAGGUGUCUUGUGGGUAUGAGGGUGCAGGGUCAGUGUCUUUAUGUUUCUAGAAGGAUAAACAAGACAUAAGUAUGUCACUCAGCAUAUUUCCUUAGAACUGCUAGAAUAAGUCGUUACACACAGCUUAAAAACAGGGCAUCUGUAGUAGAUUUAAAGCCUUUAUUAGUAUCUAAACACUAUCAGUGUGCUUUCCAUGGUUCUUCAUUCUCAUCCACAUUUCUCUUUGCCCUGCAUUAGUGUUUUCAUGGGUAGUCUUAACAAUUCUUUAUCUGAGGUGUCUGGGACUUCAAGGGAACAAAGUCUCUGUCAGAAGGACACAGAAGGACGUGGAAACUGACCGAAUGUGUGCAAGCGAUAAUUGAAUGGAUAUUCAGAAGCAGAGUUACUAAAACUGAGAGAAAAUGUCAUAUCGAAGAGAUGAAAUGUGGUCUGAAGGGCGAUAUGACUAUGAAAGAGUUCCAAGAGAACGUCUGCCUCCAAGGAUGCAUCCUAAUGAUAAUUACCAUAGAGUAGUAAACGUUGGGCCCAAGAAACCACCACUGCUUGAAAGACCUGGAGAAGGGAAUUACAGUCGGUAUAAUGAUUACGGUCAUGCUGAGUACAGAGACUAUGAAGAGGGUCGCAGUUUUGGCCAUGAGCGAAGAAGUGGCCCUCCACAUCGAGGUGUACGUAAGGAUGAAUCAGGAUACAGGUGGCCAAGGGAUGAUCAUCCUCUAAGUCGGCACCCUGAAUACAGGGAUGUCAGAGAUGGCUUCAGAAGAAAAAGCGUCUAUCCUUCUCAUUACAUGAGAGAACGAUCCCCUCACAGGAGGGACUCUCCUCUCUUCAGGGAAUCACCAGGGAGCCGAAGGGAUUCUCCACACAGCAGAUCUGGCUCUAGUGUCAGCAGCAGGAGCUACUCUCCUGAAAGAAGCAAAUCCUAUCCUUUCCACCAGUCCCAGCAUAGCAGAAAUAUGUCAUCUUUACAUAAAAGAAAUACUUCUUCUCAGCAAGGUAAAGAGAGGGCAUCAGGUCUAUCAUUGAAAACAUCAAGAGAUGCAUCGCCUUCAGGCUCCAUAGCAGUAUCCUCAUCAAAGGCCUCGGAUAAGAGCAACAGACCAUCGGAAAAGGAGCUUGCAGAAGCUGCAAGCAAGUGGGCAGCUGAAAAGUCAGAGAAGGCCGAUGAAAGCAAUGUACCUGAAGCAGAGUAUGAAGCUGGAUCUUCAGCUCCGUUAUACAGCGAACAAACAGAGGAAGCAGAAACAAAUAUAACAGACAGUACAGAAUUAUACGAGGAUGGUCAGCUUCUUGGUCGCUCAAAAGCAAUUGCAACUAAGACGAAGGAGAUUGAACAGAUCUACCGACAAGACUGUGAAACCUUUGGCAUGGUAGUGAAGAUGCUAAUUGAUAAAGAUCCGUCAUUGGAGAAGUCCAUUCAGUUUGCCCUGAGGCAGAAUUUGCAUGAAAUAGGUGAACGGUGUAUAGAAGAACUCAAACAUUUCAUUGCUCAGUACGAUGCUGCCAAUCAAGAUAUGUCAGAAUCCUUCAAAGAAGGCUCACACUAAGGACAGAAAUAUGCUUUUAGAUCCUCUUCAUUGUGUAUGCCAUAAUACAUAAAUCUGCUUUUUUGCUAGGAAAGAGGAGAUCUUGCUGGGAAUUUGAACCCAAGGCCUGCGCUCCUUUGUAGUAGCUCAGGUGGCUAUAUCAUGUUCACUGUGGUCUCCACAAUUGUAUUCUUCCUACCUGUACUUGUUGACAUAUAUUCCUUUGAAAGGAUGUCCUUUUCAAAAAUGCUGUAAAGUGACAAACUAUUUUUGAAGCCUUUACACAGUUACCUAGGAACAACUGUUCAGUCUGAUGUAUGUACACUUACAUUUUGAUGUUUAUAAGUGUAACUUCAAACACUGUAUUUUUUAUUAAAGUAACAAAAAGCAGUUCUUCAUUCUUCAACUUACACAGAAAGAAGUCUUGUUUUCAUAUAUACUAUAGGAAGGGAAGAAUUGCAAAAUUGGUAGCAGCUAUGUUUUAUUUAUUAUAGUUUAAUUUUAAACUUCAGGUUCAUUCUGUAAAAUUGCACUAGGGGUUAUCUCUAGUCUCUGACUGCCAGAGCAAUGCUACUUGGUGUAAGUGCUGUACUUGUGUUCUAAUUGCAGGUUCUGCGAGUGCUGUUUAAAUGUUGGUGUUUUCCAUGUCAUGAGUCAUUUAUAGUGAGCAGUAUUCAAGGAGUCAUGGGUGCUUGAGGUUGGAAGGGACCACUGGGGGGUCAUCUAAUGCAACGCCCCUGCUCAGGCAGGGUCACCUAGAGCACACUGCUCAGGACUGUGUCCAGAUGGAUCUUCCCCAGGGAAGGAGACUCCACAACCUCUCUGGGCAACCUACUCCAAUGCUCAGUAAAGAAGUUCUUCAUGUUCAGAUGAAACUUCCUGGGGUCUGCUUUAUGCCCAUUGCCUCUCAUUCUGUCACUUGGCAUCACCAAGAAGAGUCUGGCCUUAUCCUCUUGACACCCUCCCUUCAGAUACUUGCGCACACUGAUCCGAGCCUGUGAGUCUUCUCUAGGCUGAACAGCUCCCUCAGCCUUCCCUCAUACGAGAGAUGCUCCAGACCCUUCUUCAUUCCCAUAGCCCUUCACUGGACUUGCUCCUGGAGCUCCAUGUCUCUUUUGCACUGGGAAACCCAGAACUGGACACACUAAUCAAGAUGAGGCCUCACUGGGGGUGAGUAGAGGGAGGAUUACCUCCCUCGACCUGCUGGCAGUGCUCUUCCGGAUGCAGCCCAGGAUACCAUUGGCCUUCUUGGCCACAGGGGCACAUGACUGGCUCAUGAACAACUUGUGCACCAGGACCCCCAGGUCCUUCUCUGCAGAGCUGCUUUCCAUCAGGUCAGCUCCCAGCCUGUACUGGUGCUUGGGGUUAUUUCCAGUUUCCCUUUGGUGAAUCCAUGCUGACUACUCCUGAUAGCUGCCUCGUCUUCCACAUGCCUUCCGUAUGGUCUCCAGGAUGAGCCAUUCCAUCACCUGACCAGGGAUUGAGGUGAGGUUGACCAGUCUGUAGCUCCAAGGCUUCUCCUUCUUGCCGUUACUGAAGACUGGGGUGACAUUUGCCUUCUUCCAGUCCUCAGGCACCUCUCCUGCUUGCCAUGACCUUUCAAAGAUGAUCAAGAGUGGCCUAGCAAUAAGGUUUGCCAGCUCCCUCAGCACUCAUGGGUGCAUCUUGUCAGAUCCCUUGGACUUGCAGAUGUCAUGUUUGUCUACAUGAUCUCUAAUCCAAUCCUUCUCAACCAAGGGAAGGACUUGCUUUCUCCAGACCUUCCCUGUCGUCUUCUGGGUCAGGGACUCCUGGGGGCUGACCUUGGCAUUGAAGAUUGAAGCAAAGAAGGCAUUCAGUGUCUCUGUGUCCUCUGUCACCAGGGGCAUCCCUGCUCCAUUCAGUAGCAGGCUUACGUUUUCCCUAGUUUUCCUUUAUUAUUGAUGUAUUUGAAGAAGCCUUUCUUGUUGUCCUUGACGUCCUUAGCUAGAUAUUUUUCCAAAAGAGCCUUGGCUCUCCUUGUCGCAUUUCUGCAUACUCUGACAACAUCCCUAUAUUCUUCCCAGGUGGCCUGUCGCUGCUUCCACCUCCUGUGUAUCUCCUGCUUGUGUUUGAGUUUUAUGUAGGAUGAAUUCCAUUUUUUGUUACUAUUUGCUACUAAAUGUGUCCUUUGUUAUGUUUUUGACUGCACCUUACAGAGUAUAACUGCAGGUAACCACUGAGCAGGGAAAGGUCCCUUCUCCUACUCUCUCUGUCUCCCCCCUUAAGCCUUCUCACCACUUCUCAUGCAGCAGUUUUCACAAUCAGGAGGCUGUGUGUAAUCUUCAUUUCUGGCAUCAAGAAGGAGCAGGAAUUCAGGGGGACAAGGAAAGUGAGCAGCAUUGUCUCUUUAGGAACUCCCAAGUUUCCUUUGGAUUAGGUAUAAUGUCAAGUUGAACUGUAAGGCCCCAGAUUCAUCAUCAUUUCACACCUAGGUGGUUCUGGAUAAUGUCUGGCAUCCCUAUUGACCUGCUAGAGUGAUUAGAGUUGGUUGAGUGGUUGGGGAGGCUGCCAGUGCUGCAUGAUUACUUUUCAGAGGUGAAAAAUACUUAGGACUCAUUGGUGAUAUCCUGACUGUUGAAUUCUCUUUACAUGUAAUAACGUUCUGUUUUUUAUGAAUGUUUUAGGAAGGGGAUAAUUUGAGUCAUAAACACAAAGGUAAGUAUAAGCAUGAUUGUUUUGUAUACAUUUGCAUUUAGAAACGUGAAACUCUGUAAAAAAACUUCCAAAGUGCACAUUAUUUUGAAAUUAAAAAGUCACUGAAUUCAGCCCCUUUAUCAAGAGAGCUUCCAAGGUUUCACCAGAAUGGUGUGCAGAAAAGUAAGGGAAAUAGCAAUGGUUUUGCCUGUACAAGGUACUGUUUGUAUCACAGCAUCUUACACAUGCAAAUCUUGAUAGGGUAUAUUAAAAGUGUAUUGCAUCAGAUUCCUGAGGUGCCCAAUUAGCUUUAAUGUCAGCAGGGUGUGGUUUUCCAGUUGGCUUUUGUUGGUUUCUACAACAAGAGUUCACAUUGCUCGAAGGAGAUGACCUACAACUUACCUUGUUGGCACCCGGCAUUGUGUGGGCUGCACAGUAAGUGGGAAUCAGCUCCCACAUCCUACAGGAUGCUAAUCUGGGGAGGGAGAGAAGGGAAGAGAGGCAACCUGCUGUGGCACAGUAGUCAGAUCUGACCCGCCCCUUCUGGCAGCAACCCAGUUUGCCAAGAUCUGUCAUGAAACCACAGGCAAAGCCUUCUCUGAGGCAGAAGCACUUCACUGCUUGUUACAGGACUGAGAGCCUCCAGGGUGUUGCAUCAAACUUUCUGCUUUGGGUUGGAAAUGCUAGUGGGAAAAUCCUGAAAUUAUGUUUAAUAUAUUUUUUAUUAAAAGUGUUCAUUAUAACUGUAUAGUUUGUUAGGAGUCUCCUUUGUUAGAAGCCUGAUUAAAUUUACUAUGAUAAAAGUG